CCUGGGGCCUCAUUUAUAAAGCUUUGCGUGGGAUUCACGUGGAAGCUGGCAUACGGAAGAAAUGUAGGAUGUACGUGCGAACAAAAAUAUUCGGAUUUAUAAAACAGUGCGCACUCACGUCCUACGCCUGUUUCCCUUUAUAAAUCACAAUCAACUCUAAAUCUGGCGCAGCUUUGGCGGCUGUGUGGCACGCCCAUAUUGCCUAUAAAUAGUCAAUGAAACGCCCCUAAUUAAUAUUAAUUCUGGGCCAGCAGAGAAAGAAACAUGGCAAGCGCAGGAAAAAAAACAAAAAAAAGAAAUUUCUUAGACUGCGAGAUCGAAGUUUUGGUUGGGGAGGUGGAGAAAAGAAAAAAGAUUUUGUUUGGAGGGCACAGUAUGGGAGUCACUAAUGCCAAAAAAACUUUGGAGUGGCAAACUCUUGCUGAGGCAGUGAAUGCCACUGCAUCAGAAGAUCGGACUGUGGCCGAACUGAAAAAAAAAUGGUCAGACAUUAAAGUCGAGGCCAAAAAGCGCCUGGCGCACCAUCGCCAGAGCGUGUCUGCCACGGGCGGGGGAAAGGGGACGCCGGAACUGACCCCUCUUGAUGAGAGGCUGGCAGGCAUCAUCGGCGAGUCCCUCUUGAGUGGAGUGGUGACAGAGGCGGAGGGGGACACCGACGUGCCAGCAGAUGAAAUGGUUGCUGCAUGUUCCAGUGGAGAGGGUGUUGCAGCUGAACCUCCACGUGCCUCUCCGUCUCCGUCUCCAUCUCCAUCCAGCAGCGGGCGUGUCCUCACCGACGCAGUCCUUGCCAUGCAGAGGGAAACUAUUCAGUGCAUCAGGGAAGUGGCAGGAGAGUUAAAGGCCAUCAAGACAGUGUUGUCCGAAAUAAGCACAAAAAUGAAAUAAUUUGUUAAUAAACAAUUGUAUUUCCAUACCUUGUUUGGUGUUUUCACAACCGCCGCAUCACAG